CUACCCUGCUCUCUGCUUCCUUCUCUCCACGUCCCCCUCUGUGCUUACAGCCUCCAUGGCCCCCAAAAAGCCAGAGCCCAAGAAGGAUGAUGCCAAGGCAGCCUCCAAGGCGGCUCCAGCUCCUGCACCGGCCCCGGCACCUGCACCUGCACCUGAGCCCGAUCGCUCCAAGGAGGCGGAGUUUGAUGCUUCCAAGAUCAAGAUCGAGUUUACACCGGAGCAGAUUGAAGAGUUCAAGGAAGCCUUCAUGCUGUUCGACCGCACGCCCAAGUGUGAGAUGAAGAUCACGUAUGGGCAGUGUGGGGAUGUCCUGCGGGCACUGGGCCAGAACCCCACGCAGGCCGAGGUGCUCCGCGUCUUGGGGAAGCCGAAGCAGGAAGAGCUUAACACCAAGAUGAUGGACUUUGACACGUUCCUGCCCAUGCUCCAGCACAUUUCCAAGAACAAGGACACGGGCACCUAUGAGGACUUUGUGGAGGGGCUCCGGGUCUUCGACAAGGAGGGCAACGGCACCGUCAUGGGCGCUGAGCUCCGCCACGUGCUGGCCACGCUGGGUGAGAGGCUGACAGAAGACGAAGUGGAGAAACUGAUGGCUGGGCAAGAGGACACCAAUGGCUGCAUCAACUAUGAAGCAUUCGUGAAGCACAUCAUGGCCAGCUGAACCUCUCACCCCAGGGAGGCCACGCUGGGGACAGCUCGUCUCCCAUUCCUGAUGCUGACACCAGCAGCCUGGAGUUGUGGGAAGGAGGGAGCUCAUCAAGACUCCUGCACAAGCUCUCUCUGCUCAGCCCUGCAGGCCUGUCGACAUGGCUGUCCUCUCGCGCCCCUCGCAGGCUGCUCUUACCUGUGACUGCGUCUCUGUCCUCACCCCAUGGGCCUCAUUAAUAAAUGGCUUCUUUCCUUC